UGACGUCAUGUAAGUUUUCCUUGUUGACAGGAUUGAGGAAGAAGGUGCAUGGUGGUAAGAAGAGAUUUUGGUUCACGUAAAAUUGGAGGAGCAAGUUUAGCACAAACAGGAGCUCCGUGCACGGAUAAAAACCUGUCCUACUCUACAGUCAUGGCCUGUAGGAAUCCUGGAGUAGAGCUAGACUUAGGCUGGGUCCAGUCCACCAGAGUCAACCAGCCGGCAACCAUACGCAGGGCACAGUACCUGUCUACCACCAGGACUGUCAAGAAAAAAUGGCAGGCUUCGUGGCUGCUGCGUGCGGUAACCUGUAUUGACCUGACGACCCUGUCCGGUGACGACACCCCGGCUAACGUACAGAGGCUGUGUUAUAAGGCAUAUCAUCCUGUCAGGGACGACUUACUCAAGGCUGUUAACAUGCAGGACAAAGGUAUUACUACAGGAGCUGUGUGUGUGUACCCUGCCAGAGUGAAGGAGGCAGUCAAGUACCUGAAACAGGCUGGGGCAAACAUACCUGUGGCCUCAGUUGCGACAGGCUUCCCCAGUGGUCAGUACCCCCUGUCCACCCGACUACAGGAGGUGAGGGACGCAGUGCUACAGGGGGCUUCUGAGAUCGACAUUGUCAUCAGCAGAACUCAGGCUCUCAGUGGGGACUGGCAAGGUGUGUACGAUGAAGUAAAGGCCUUCAGAGAAGCCUGCGGAGAGGCUCACCUCAAGACUAUCCUGGCUACAGGAGAACUGGGGUCUCUCACCAACGUUUACAAGGCCUCACUGGUGGCCAUGAUGGCUGGUUCCGAUUUCAUCAAGACCUCCACUGGGAAGGAAGGAGUGAAUGCCAUCCUGCCUGUAGGUGUGGUGAUGUGCAGGGCCAUCAGGGAUUACUAUCAGAGAACUGGAUACAAGGUCGGUUUUAAACCAGCAGGGGGCAUCCGCAGUGCGAAGGACGCCUGCACCUGGUUGGCCCUGAUGAAGGAGGAGCUGGGAGACGAGUGGACGCACCCCUCCAUGUUCCGCAUCGGCGCCAGCGGACUUCUGACCGACAUCGAGCGACAGCUGUACCACCAUGUCUACGGUCGUUAUGCUGCGGCCCACCAGUUACCUAUGUCGUAAUGGACACAACAAGCCAAACAAGACAAACUAUGAAACAGAUGUACUAGUUAUUUCGUGUUGAGACAAAUAUGCAGAUUUCUUGUGUCAUGAUUUCUUGGUGGAAUGGUCACUAUGAAAAUAAAACAACCUUGAACAUUCAAAGAUUUAUAAUUAAAGUAGACUCUCAGACAAUUUGAGAUGAAUUUAACGGUGCACACACCAGUUCUUCCGCGACAGGGGUCCGAGCUAGUGCGCGAGAAAAAAGUGAUGAAAGGCUUCCGAGGGUCCAUGUUUGAGUUGACAUUUCUCAUUAUUUCCUGCGAAAUGACAUUAAAC